UUUUGGAAUCUCUCCUUUAGACGAGCUUGAGUGUCGACCAAUUAUCUCAUGGCCUUGGCAGCUGUUGCUAGGCAGAUUAUUCUAAUGACUCAUGGGCGGUCUUUCUUCCCCCCCCUUCCCCCCCGUUCUGCAGCUACCAUUGUGAGGUGAGGACAGGUGGGCGGGGAUGAUCUGUGGUGAGGCCCUAGGAACCGGCCUGGACACGAAACCGUCACCGAACCCCUUCAGAUCAUACCGCAUUGACUCAAGGUACAACAGACAUAUGAAUCUCUUCAGACAAGCUUAGUUGCACCUCAGAACUACCUCAGAAUGGAGUCCCAUGGCCAAGAUGACAUGGAUUUGAAAGCGGAAACUGCUCAAGUGUGGUCUGAAUCAGUUGAGCAGGACCAGAACACUACUCAGGUCCACUUUGUCCCUGACAAUGGAACAGUGGCGCAGAUUGUGUACAGUGAUGACCAAGAUCGCCCUUCCCAGCAAGUGGUCUAUGCAGCUGAUGGCACCUCUUACACCUCUGUAGACACUUCAGAGCAUACGUUAGUUUACAUCCAUCCUGUGGAAGCCACUCAGACUCUUUUUACAGACCCGUCUCAAGUCACGUAUGUUCAGCAAGAUGCAGAGACACAGCAGGUGUCAAUACCAGUUCACAGCCAAGCGUUGCCUCCUAUGGAGGCCGUGGAUGACCCAGACUCUCUUGAAACAUUGCACAACCCAAUGGGUAGCAUGGAAGCAAAAGAUCAAAAUGAGGAGGAGAGGGAGGAAGAGGAAGAUGAGGAGGACGAAGAUGAGGAGGACGAAGAUGAAGACGAGGAGGAUGAAGAUGAAGACGAGGAAGAAGGGGAAGACACGGACAUGGAGGAAUGGGAUCCAGAUCCACCUCGUCCCUUUGACCCAAAUGACCUGUGGUGCGAGGAAUGCAACAACGCACACCCCUCGGUUUGUCCAAAGCAUGGGCCCUUGCAUCCUAUCCCUAACCGACCAGUUCUGACCAGAGCCAGAGCCAGCCUCCCCUUGGUGCUUUACAUAGACCGAUUCCUGGGAGGGGUCUUCUCCAAGCGACGGAUCCCUAAGCGCACACAAUUCGGUCCUGUGGAAGGACCCCUGGUUCGGCUGUCAGAGCUGAAGGACUGCUAUAUUCAUCUGAAGGUGUCCCUUGACAAAAGUGACAGGAAGGACCGGGAUCUACAGGAGGAUCUUUGGUUUGAGUUGUCCAGCGAAGCUCUUUGCAACUGGAUGAUGUUUGUGCGCCCUGCUCAGAAUCACCUGGAACAAAAUCUAGUCGCCUAUCAAUACGGUCAUCAUAUUUACUACACUACAAUUAAAAAUGUUGAGCCUAAACAAGAACUCAAGGUUUGGUAUGCUGCCUCCUAUGCAGAAUUUGUCAAUCAGAAAAUCCAUGAUGUAUCGGAGGAGGAGAGGAAAGUUCUCCGAGAACAAGAGAAAAACUGGCCGUGUUAUGAGUGCAAUCGACGGUUCAUGAGCUCCGAACAGCUCCAGCAACAUCUCAACUCCCAUGAUGAAAAGCUGGACUUCUUCAGCAGAGCAAGAGGCAGAGGUCGUGGACGAGGGAAGCGAAGGUUUGGUCCAGGAAGGCGACCUGGCCGUCCUCCAAAAUUCAUGCGCUUGGAAGUGACCAACGAAAAUGGGGGGAAGUGUGCGGAAGAGAGCCAGGACUUGCUGCCCUUUGCCAGUAAGGGGCAGUUUGACGAAGCUGGGCAAGCCACCCUAAAUGGACUCGACCAACCGGAGCAGACCCCGGUGGCCCCAGAGACAUCCUCCUCCUUGGACCAGCUGCCUGAAAGCCAGUCCUUGCAGCUUCAGCCACAGGAGCAGACGGUGGUGGCUACCCCAAGCCUGAUGACAGCAGACGACAUGCGGCGAGCAAAGCGUAUCCGGAAUGCAGCCCUCCAGCACUUAUUCAUCCGGAAGUCAUUCCGUCCGUUCAAAUGCCUGCAUUGUGGGAAGGCGUUCCGUGACAAGGACAAAUUAGACCAGCAUUUAAGGUUCCAUGGACGGGAAGGAAAUUGUCCUUUGACCUGUGAUAUCUGCAAUAAAGGCUUCAUUAAUAGCAGCGCCCUGGAAAGUCAUAUGAAGUUCCACCUGGAUCAGAAGACCUACUCUUGCAUUUUCUGCCCCGAGUCCUUUGACCGUUUAGACUUGCUGAAAGAUCACGUGGCCAUCCACAUUAAUGAUGGCUGCUUCACUUGUCCUACCUGCAAAAAACGCUUUCCGGAUUUUAUCCAGGUGAAAAAACACGUGCGCAGCUUCCACUCGGAAAAGAUUUACCAGUGCACAGAAUGCGACAAGGCUUUCUGUCGGCCCGACAAACUGCGACUUCACAUGUUGCGGCAUUCAGAUCGCAAGGACUUCCUCUGCUCCACCUGCGGCAAACAGUUUAAGAGAAAAGACAAGUUGCGAGAACACAUGCAGAGAAUGCACAAUCCAGAAAGAGAAGCCAAGAAAGCGGACCGAAUUAGUCGCUCCAAAGCCUUCAAGCCCCGGAUCGCCUCUACGGAUUAUGAGAGUUUCAUGUUCAAGUGUCGCUUGUGCAUGAUGGGUUUCCGACGACGAGGCAUGCUGGUGAACCAUUUAUCAAAGAGACAUCCUGAUAUGAAAAUUGAAGAAGUGCCAGAGCUAACACUGCCUAUCAUCAAACCUAAUAGAGAUUAUUUUUGUCAGUACUGUGAUAAGGUUUACAAGAGUGCCAGCAAACGGAAGGCCCACAUUUUGAAAAACCACCCAGGCGCAGAACUUCCUCCCAGUAUCCGAAAGUUGCGCCCAGCAGGCCCAGGAGAGCCGGAUCCAAUGCUGAGCACGCACACCCAGCUGACUGGAACAAUCGCCACGCCGCCUGUUUGCUGUCCUCACUGUUCCAAGCAGUAUAGCAGUAAGACCAAGAUGGUGCAACAUAUUCGCAAGAAGCACCCGGAAUAUCCCCAGAUCCCAACGAGUACAAUACACGUACCACUCACAACCGCAGUCAUUAGUGCCACUCCUGCUGUCCUAACUGCUGACAGCACUUCCGGAGAGACCGUUGUGACAUCGGAUUUGUUGACUCAAGCCAUGACGGAGCUGUCCCAGACUCUGACCACUGACUACCGAACCUCGCAGGGUGAUUUUCCACGUAUUCAAUAUAUUCCUGUAUCACAAUCCACAGCUGGCUUGCAACAGCCCCAACAUAUACAGUUGCAGGUUGUGCAAGUGGCUCAGGCUACCUCACCUCACCAGACCCAGCAUUCCACUGUAGAUGUUGGCCAGCUACAUGACCCUCAGUCAUACACCCAGCAUGCUAUCCAGGUACAGCAUAUCCAGGUCACCGAACCAACCUCUGCAGCCCCAUCAUCUUCACAGGUUGGCAGCCAGCCCUUAAGUCCUUCCCAACCAACUCAGCAGGAACUCAGCCCUUCCCAGAUACAGACAACCCCCCCCUCGCAAAAUCAAUCACAGGCAGGUUCUUCAGUCCAGCAAGCCUAUCUUCCCAACACCUGGAACUCGUUCCGCACUUACCCCUCCGAGAUUCAGAUGAUGACAAUCCCUCAGGGCCAGUAUGUGAUUGCAGAGACAGCUGUCGGUCCUCCUGUCACAACGGUGACCACAGGGCAAGUCAAAGCAGUUGCCCAGACACAUUAUGUGAUCGCUGAAAGUCAGCCCGAGCUGGAAGUCAAGCCAAACCUGUCUCUUUCGAGCGGCAUGGAAGUAGAUUUGUCUCAGCCACCUGUCCAUGCCGACUCUUUGGACUCGCAAGCGGCCAGCGAGCAGCAAACGACACAAUACAUCAUUACGGCCACCAGCAACACCAACGGCGUCGGUGACCUGCACAUUGAAAAGCCAUGACCUUGGUUUGCAGCAAAGAACGAAAAAUAUGCGGCACAAGGGACGUUUGAAAUCUUCAUCCCGAAUAGCGAAGGCGCCCAAGAGCUCUUUGACAAAGUAUAUUUGUACACCCUUGAAGUUCUACCUUACAUGCUGAGGCUUUGCAGAGCAUCAGAUCUAAAUGAAACCCAGGCAAGACCUUACAGGACGCCACCGUUCUUCUGGACCCGGUGCACAAAAAUGGACACUAAGCCUCUUCUAGACCUCUCCCCCAAUUGAUUCUCCCCCCACUUCCCCAAUUGUGGACAGUUUUUCAGCAGCGGAAACAAAGUUGCUGAGCACAUAACCAUUGCCAGAGUCUAUCUCUCGUGUACAUUUCAGUUGCUUACAUUUCUUUCGGCGUUAUUAUUAUUAUUUUCCUAAAGUUGCCUGUGAAAGAAGAAAAUGCGCAGCUGGAAAGGGAGAAUUAAAAUAAACACGCAGCCUCGGAACCAAGACUCGAUUACCAGCCAUUCUUUCCUGACCGUUGUAUGACAGAGAAGACAGUGAAACUGUGAAGCUGUGCAGAACGCAGUUAAAUUAUUAAGAAUUAGGUGGUUGGUAUUGUUCAAAUACCCCCGUGUUUACAUAACCAUCUGCACUGCCCAAAUAUUCGGUCCUAACGAGGAUGAGGGAAACUUCCUUGGAGGCCCCAUAAGCCUCAUGAAAUCAGAGGAGUUUGAAAAACACACAGUCUGAGCCAUUUGUGUCUUUGAUUGUGUUGUGUCUUUAUGAAACAGGGAUUCACCUUCCUUUUCUCCUCAAAACCAAUAAAAAGACUCAGAGAUGGUU